CCUCUCUUAACGCGCUGUCUCUCGCCUCUUCUCCGCGGGUACUUCUCAUUCCGCUCCGAUCUCGCGAUGUGCGAUCCCUUCCGAUUGAUUUUCCUGAUUUAAAGUCGCCGGCGCUUCCUCAGCAACCGCUAUUCCUCGCUUGACGUCGUUCGGAUCCAUCUGUCAGUUUCCUUUCUCGCUCAAGGUGGUUUCUUACUCACGUGUCGAAAGAACAUUGUAAGGGUCAUGUAAAUCAUUUAUCAUCGAUUUUCGUUUUCAUCCUCGAUAUACUCUGGGCAAUCGGAUUUAUUAUAUCGUUCGGAUCGUUAGCAGAAAGCUUUCGCGAGUGCGCUGAUUUUCGAUUCAACCAAGAGACUGUUCUUCCCUGUUGACGUUGUCUCCCUCUCUCAUGACCGUCACGCCGUGUACGAGCCUCAUCAUCUGUCAGAAAUCGUUUACCACGGUAGAUUCGAUCAAUUACUUCGAUUACAUCACGAACGAUGUUUAUUUCUUUCGUCGACGUGACGAACGUGUGAUCAGUGCUCCCAGUUUUCGUUGAAGCAUUCUUCUGCCAAUUGAUCGCCUGCAGACGUGCGAUAUUUGUUGUCGAAGACACGCGCAAGUUCUCUUUCCUCUUCCUCGUUCAAGUGUAUCUGCGAUAUUCGAGAGCCGUAAAAUUCGACAUCAUGGCAAAUUUACUGCUAUCGUCCACAAUAGACGAACAUCAUGAUCACGACCAUGAUCAUGAUCAUGAUCAUUCCUUGGACUCGUAUAACGAUGUGCUAACCGCCAAGGCAGUCACUAUGGUAGUUUUGUGCACCGUCAGCACAAUAAUGGGCAUCAUACCUAUAUUUUUGGCCAAAUGGUUCAAGUGGGAUUUGAACGGACAAAACCCUAGAUCUACGAGGAUUGUGAGCCUCCUACUCGGCUUUGGCGGAGGCGUCCUCUUCAGCACCACGUUCCUCCAUUUGAUGCCGGAAGUUGCGGAAGGUGUAGAAAAUCUCGUUGCGGAUGGCAAGAUCGAGCCGCUCGAGUUUCCAUUAGCAUACAUGCUCGCGUGCGCCGGGUUCUUCAUUAUGUAUUUGGUGGAGGAGUCCGUACACACGUACUUGAGGAAGAGACAAGUAGAGCGGCAAAUAACCGACAAAAAAGAUAUAAAUCGCAGCACUAAUGAAUUGGUGGAAAACGGCCAAGUGACACCGUCAUGCGUCAGCAAUCACGGUCACUCGCAUACAGGUCACAGCCAUUUACCUGUGAUAACAAACAACGACGACGAUGACUUUGUGAUAAGUUCGCUGCGAGGAUUAUUGAUAGUCCUCGGCUUAUCCGUUCACGAAUUAUUCGAGGGACUGGCGAUUGGUCUAGAGAGCUCCGCCAGUCACGUAUGGUACAUGUUCCUCGCGGUGGCGUCCCAUAAAUUCGUCAUAGCCUUUUGCAUCGGCGUAGAGUUGCUCGCUUCUCGAACCAGACCGUAUCUGUCAAUAAUUUAUACGUGCACGUUCGCCGUGGUGUCGCCGAUAGGAAUCGGCGUCGGGAUGGCUCUGGUCGGCGGUGGAAGCGCGGCUGCGAGCGGACCGAUGGCCGUGAUAUUACAGGGAUUGGCAUCGGGCACUUUGCUCUACGUGGUGUUCUUCGAGAUUCUGCAGGAGCAUCGAACUGGACUGGGACAAUACGUCUCGAUUCUCUUCGGUUUCCUCGUAAUGUUCGGCCUGCAGAUGUUGAGUAAGUAG